GAAUAAAAGUGAGCGGAAGAGAGAAAUAAUUACCGCAAACGUGUCUUCGCUCAUCACCUAAAUAUUGAUGUACAUUUCCUAACAGCGAUCUAUAUCAGCUAGAAACAUGAGUCUGUAUCCAAAGGUGAUUCUGAUCGGCGAUGCCACAACCCAGAAAUCGUUUGGUCAGCAUAACAACAUCAAUAGUUGGGGUGCAGCUCUCUCACACAGACUGACAAGGAAGUGUGAUGUUUACAACCGUGGAUUUAGUGGUUAUAACACUCACAUGACAAAACAGAUUUUACCAGAACUGAUAACGAAAGGUAUCUCACUAGAGGUCGCUGUGGUCGUUAUAUUCCUUGGUUCAAAUGAUGCUAUACUUGAGGAGUGUUCACCAAAACAACACGUACCAGUGUUGGAAUACAAGGCAAAUCUAAAGGAAAUGGCGCAGUAUUUGUUGACAGUGAGUAUACUAAGGGAAAAGAUAAUUCUGAUAACACCACCACCGCUGGAUGAAGAGAAAUGGGAGAAGGAAUGCACAGCUAAAGCUAUUAUAUCUAUAUUACGUGCAGUACCUAAAUAUUUGUUAGAGGUGACGCCCUCUAUCGACGAAGCACGUAUACCGAGUCUGCCCUCCAUUCUCACUGUUUGUUCUGGGCACAAACAACAUCAGGCUUUCAGAUAA